UAAUUUUCAAUGAGUUCGGCUGUUGGACAUCACGAGGCUCUCCUCCGACCCUUGCUGAGAAGCGUCGCCACGCUCACUGCAACAACGAACGCGGCGAUGGUGGCUGCGAAGGGGUCGAGUCUGGCUCCGUCUUCGGCCUUGUCGGCAUCAUUCUCGACUUGCGCCGCGUCGUCCGGCGUCGUCUCGAGUGCGCCCGCUGCGUCGUCGUCGUCGUCAUCAUCAGCUUCAUCUUCAUCGUCAUCAUCUUCAUCGAAGCCCAACAAACCCAGCUCGAUCGUGCGUGCAGCGGUCUGCAGCGAACUCAAGGCGCCGUUGACGCUGAGCGCAGAUUACUCACCAGCAGGCCAUCCGCUGGUUGCCAAGAUUUCGCCCGAGAAGCGAGUGCGCAUCGGGAUUCGUGCAUGCGGUGUCAAUUUCGCAGACACGCUGAUGGUCGAAGGCUUGUACCAGGUCAAACCGCCGUUGCCGUUUGUUCCGGGAGCUGAAAUUGCCGGCAUAGUCUUGGAGACGGGUUCUGCGGUCAAAUCGGUGAAGAUUGGCGACCAUGUCAUUGCCUUGUUGGACGGAGGAGGCUUUGCCACCGAGUGUAUCGCCCACGAAGCCCAGGUUUACGCGUUGCCCAAAACGAUCGCGUUUGGCCAGGCAGCCGCGUUGCCAGUCUCGUACGGAACUGCCAUCACCGCGCUGAGCUACCGCGCUCAGACCAAGCCUGGCGAGACAGUCCUCAUCACUGCGGCAGCUGGAGGUGUGGGAUUGGCCUCCAUUGAGCUUGCCAAGCGAGUCCUUGGCGCGAAGGUGAUUGCAUGCGCUGGUGGCGCGGAAAAGCUGGCAGUCUGCCAGGCAAAGGGAGCCGAUCACGUCAUUGAUUACAACAAGGAGAGCAUCAAGGACCGCGUCAAAGAAAUCACCAACGGAAAGGGUGUGAAUGUCGUGAUUGAAGUUGUCGGCGGAGACACGUUCGACCAGUGCCUGCGUUCGUUGGCCCCUGAAGGUCGUCUGGUUGUCAUUGGCUUUGCGUCUGGGUCGAUUCCGUCCAUUCCGGCUAAUUUGACUCUUGUGAAGAACAUUGCCGUGCUGGGCUUGUACUGGGGCGGAUAUCAGGCCUUCAAUCCGUCCGUUCUGCGCAACAGCAUCAAGGAUGUCAUCAAGCACUGCGAGGCGGGUCAUAUUAGCCCAGUUGUGUCCGCAACCUAUCCUCUCGAUCAAGUCAACGACGCGUUUGCCCUGCUGCGCACGCGCAAAUCGACUGGCAAGGUUGUCGUGACGAUGAACGAAUGAAAAAAAAAACCCACUAAAAAACUCCCAAUUCGCCAAGCGGCUCGUUGAGACUACUUCAGACCGUCUGUACUGUGCACAAUGUUCAUUUCAAUGUUUCAAACCAUCAAUGUUACCAACAAAACACAAAUCUCAUCACCACAA